AACACGGAAACACUAGGAAUCUCAUAGUGCAGAUAGUCUAAAUAUUAAUUGUGAACUGAAAUCCUCAGCAGUGGUGCUUUUGUGAAAAGAGCAUAUACAAUGAAGAGAAAGGCAUUUACUGUCACAAAGGUAAUUACUGUAAUAUCAAAUUACUUUCUGAGAUAAUCAGAGACUUUUUAGUUAGAAGAUGGAAGCUUCCACUCCAGCUCACACCGGUCCUGCCCAGACCAACAUGACAGCUCAGACAGGAGGAAACAUCUGUGCUCCUGUUCUCCAUGGGAAUAAUAUUCAAGGCAGUGUUACAGUUAUAUACAACACACAGGGAGGUCAGGAAGUUUCCAGUUCCAGCACCAGUACAGUUCAGACUGGAAGUCCUACUGCUGCUCCUGCUCUCACUGAAGAUUUGGUCAGUGUAUUUAGACAAAAACUGAAGAAGAUAUUUCACACUAUUAAUGAAGGAAUCAGACGGCAUGGAAAGUCAACCCUUCUGAAUGAGAUCUACACAGAGCUCUACAUCACAGAGGGAGGAAGUGGAGAGGUCAAUAAUGAACACGAGGUCAGACAGAUUGAGACAACAUCCAGGAGACCAGCAACACAGGAGAACCCCAUCAAAUGCAAUGACCUCUUUAAAGAGACACCCAUCAGAACUGUACUGACGAAAGGAGUUGCUGGAAUUGGAAAAACAGUCUCUGUGCAGAAGUUCAUUCUGGACUGGGCUGAAGGAAAAACAAACCAAGAUGUCCUCUUCAUAUUUCCACUUCCUUUUAGAGAGCUGAACUUCAUAAAGAAAAAGCUCAAUCUGAUGAAGCUUCUUCAUUAUUUUUUCUCCAAUCUGAAAGAACUAAGAUCAGUAGACUGUGAAGCUUACAAAGUCAUGUUCAUCUUUGAUGGUCUGGAUGAGUGUCGACUUCCUCUAGAUUUCCAGAACAAUGAGAGCUUGUGGGAUGUAACAGAUUCAGCCUCAGUGGAUGUGCUGCUGACAAAUCUCAUCAAGGGGAAUCUGCUUCCCUCUGCUCUCCUCUGGAUAACUACUCGACCAGCAGCAGCCAAUCAGAUCCCUCCUGAAUGUAUUGACCUGGUAACAGAGGUACGAGGGUUCAGUGACCCUCAGAAAGAGGAGUACUUCAGGAAGAGAAUCAGUGACCAGAGCCUGGCCAAUAAAAUCAUCUCACACAUGAAGUCUUCAAGAAGCCUCUACAUCAUGUGCCACAUCCCAGUCUUCUGUUGGAUUGCAGCCACUGUUCUAGAGAGAGUGUUGGGUGGAGCAGAGAGUGGAGAGAUCCCCAAGACUCUGACUCAAAUGUUCACACACUUCCUGAUCUUUCAGAUCAAACACAAGGACCAAAAGUACCAUGGGAAAAUGAUUCUGGCACUGGGAAAACUGGCUUUCCAACAGCUGGAAAAAGGCAAUCUGAUCUUCUAUGAGGAGGACCUGAGAGAGUGUGGCAUUGAUGCCAGAGAAGUGUCAGUGUACUCAGGAGUUUGUACCCAGAUCUUCAGAGAGGAGUUUGAGCUGCACCUGGGGAAGGUGUUCAGCUUUGUGCACCUGAGUGUUCAGGAGUUUCUGGCUGCUUUAUAUGCAUUUCUCUCCUUCAUCAGCAAAGAUAAAACAAAACAGGUGACCACUGAUCUCUCUGAUAUUUUCAAAAUGUCAGACUUCCUCAAGUCUGCAGUGGACAAGGCCCUACAAAGUGAGAAUGGACACCUGGACCUUUUCCUUCGGUUCCUUCUGGGCCUCUCACUGGAGUCCAAUCAGACGCUCUUACGAGGCCUACUGACACAGACAGGAAGCAGCUCUCACAGCAAAGAGGAAACAGUCCAGUACAUCAAGGAGAAGAUCAGGGAGAAUCCCUCUCCAGAAAAAUCCAUCAAUCUGUUCCACUGUCUGAAUGAACUGAAUGAUCAUUCUCUAGUGCAGGAGGUUCAAACAUACCUCAGAAACCAACAUUUGUAUCACCUCAGUGGAAUCAGUCUAUCUCCUGCCCAGUGGUCAGCUCUAGUGUUUGUGUUGCUGAACUCAGAAGAGGAGCUGGAUGUGUUUGACCUGGGUAAAUAUGGCAGGUCAGAUGAAUGUCUUCUGAGGCUCCUGCCAGUGGUCAAAGCAUCCAAAAGAGCUGAACUAUAUGGCUGUAAUCUCACAGAGAAAAGCUGUGCAGCUCUGUCCUCAGCUAUCAGCUCAAACUUCUCAAGUCUGAGAGAACUGGACCUCAGAAAUAAUAAACUGCAGGAUUCAGGAGUGGAGCUGCUCUAUGCUAGACUGAAGAAUCCACACUGUAAACUGGAGAAACUGGAGCUGUGUUAUUGCAAUCUCACAGAGGAAAGCUGCAAAGUUCUGUCAUCAGCUCUCCACUCAAACUUCUCCAGUCUGAGAGAACUGAACCUGAGUGACAAUAGUCUGCAAGAUUCAGGAGUGGAGCUGCUCUCUGCUGGACUGGAGAAUCCACACUGUAAACUGGAGAAAUUGGAGCUGUGUGACUGUAAUCUCACAGAGAAAAGCUGUGCAGCUCUGUCCUCAGUUCUCAGCUCAGCUCAAAAUCUGAGAGAACUGGACCUCAGUAACAAUAAACUGCAGGAUUCAGGAGUGGAGCUGCUCUCUACUGGACUGAAGAAUCCACACUGUAAACUAGAGACACUGAGGUGA